CUUUAUCCGUGGCCAUAAAAAUUAAUUUGGAUACACAAAAUAAAAACAUAUUUUCCAGGCAGGAAAUUAGCCUGCUGUCCCCAUCAAUUUGGCUAAAAUACGCCUGUGCGUCUUCCUCACUACUCUUCUCCUCUUCCCAGCCUGUCAGUUUUUCCGUUACUACUCCAAAUUAAAAAAUAUACAAGCACACAACACGUUCGCCAAAAUUCCACAACCAAAUUCGAUUAACAAAAUCCCAGAAGAAUCCAAAAUUCCGCCAACCACCGCCACGGCAGCACUUGAAGCUUACGACAGCGCCCACCAUCCUCACCUCCUCGCUCCGCCGCCACGUGGCGCGCCAUUCUGGAGCUGGUGGGAAUUCGAAUCGAUCCGCUUUUAACCACAUUGGGGAUUGGUUUCGGGUGAAUCUCCCCCCCAUUUAAUGCUCUCUGAGUUCGAGCGGCAACAGGGCGCAUCGAAUUCGAAUCGUGUUCGGGAAUUCGGUACUGCGGAUUGGAAUUCCUCUAAUCCCGUUGAGGGGAAGAAUGGCUAUUUAAUGCGAAGAUGCGUAUCAUUAGAGGACGCUCUUUUUCAUUUUACGUCUCCUUGUUUUCUGCUCCCUCCUCGUCUUCCUCCCCAUUUCCGUCCAGGAUUUUGCAUUUUCAUUCCCGUGGCUUUUGUUCUUCGAUCUCCGAUCGGUUUCCGAGUAGAAGGAAGGUCUAUCGCAGCAGAGAGGAGUCAAGUAAAACCAUGGACAGCAAAAUAAUGCAGUUUGAGAGGACUAGCUCCGGCGAGGUUGAUAAACACCCUUGUGUGUGGUCUUCUCCUGAAGGAGGACAAAUGAUUGACAUAGGAAAGCAGAUCUUCUGCAAUAGAUCUCUAAACAUGCGUAAUAUAGUUGCUGUCGGAUUUGAUAUGGAUUAUACGCUGGCGCAGUAUAAACCAGAGACAUUUGAAUCACUUGCCUAUGAAGGCACAGUAAAAAAGCUAGUUCAUGAUUUGGGAUACCCAGCUGAGCUGCUGGGUUGGUCAUUUGAUUGGACUUACAUGGUCAGAGGACUGGUCCUAGAUAAAAAGAGAGGCAAUAUACUGAAGAUGGAUCGGCAUAAGUAUGUAAAAGUAGCUUAUCAUGGAUUUAGAGAGCUGUCAAAGGAAGAGAAAGUUGCUACAUAUGGGAGUACAUUAAUCCGUGAUGCAUUUGAUGAGCCUGAAUAUGCUUUAAUUGAUACCCUUUUCUCCCUGGCUGAAGCUUACUUAUUUGCACAACUUGUUGACUUCAAGGACAACAACCUGGGCAAAAUACCUGCAGACUACUCUCGUAUGUAUAAAGAUGUUCGAGCUGCAGUUGAUCUGUGCCAUCGUGAUGGGACAUUGAAAAAGAUGGUUGCAAAAGAUCCUCAAAGAUAUAUCAACGAGGACUCCUCAAUUGUUCCCAUGCUAAAGAUGCUUAGAGAUUCUGGCCGUGCUACAUUUCUGGUGACAAACAGCUUAUGGGAUUAUACAAAUAUUGUAAUGAACUUCCUCUGUGGGCCAAGACCAGUGGAUGGUUCCUCUGCUUUGAAUUUUGAUUGGCUUCAGUAUUUUGAUGUUGUUAUUACUGGGAGUGCAAAACCAAGUUUUUUCCAUGAUGAAAACCGUGCCAAUCUUUUUGAAGUUGACCCGGAGUCGGGUAUGCUUCUUAAUACAGAUAAUGGAACUCCUAUGCCUCAGGUAGAUUCUUCUCUAAGGUUGCCAUUGAAGAUCCUGGAUAAAAGCUGUCAAGUUUUCCAGGGGGGAAAUGUCGGCCACCUGCAUAAAUUGUUGUCGAUAGAGUCAAGCUCCCAGGUACUUUAUGUUGGAGAUCACAUAUAUGGAGACAUUCUGCGCAGUAAAAAAGUUCUUGGAUGGAGAACAAUGCUUGUUGUUCCAGAGCUUGAGAAGGAAGUAGAACUUCUCUGGACAUUAAGAGAGACUCGCAAGGAACUUCAAUUGUUGAGGAAUAAGCGUGACCAUAUCGAGGACCAGAUUCAUCAUCUGAAGUGGUCUCUCAGAUUUGAUGGCAAGAAGUCCGUGAAUAAUGAAGACAUACUUUCUGAGCUAGAUAAAUUGGAGUGUGAGCAGGAGCGAGCACGGCUGAGUCAUCAACAAGCGCAGCGAGUAUGCCAUCAAAAGUUCCAUAAGGUAUGGGGACAGCUGAUGAAGACCGGAUAUCAGAAUUCUCGCUUUGCCCAUCAGGUGGAGAGAUUCGCUUGCCUGUAUACUGGCCAAGUCAGUAAUUUGAGCCUUUAUUCACCCGACAAGUACUAUAGGCCAAGUGAAGAUUUCAUGCCUCAUGAGUUUGAUAUCCUCUCCCUCUGAAGAUAUCUCCAUGCUGUUCAAUAUGGAAUCGACUUGUAUGAAGGUAGUGGCCAUUGUAGACUAUUCACCCCAUAGAAGUUGUAAAUCAUUAUGAUAGUCCCCAAAUUUCAGUAUCAACUCUUUGCUUUUGUGUCAAUAAAAACUAGUUUUAUACUGCAAUGCUAGACUACAGUGUUCACAUAGAAAUAAAUGUAUUACGGUGUUGACUUAAGCCAAGAUUCUUCGACUGCAACGAAAUAUAGCAAGCAAUAUAGAGCUUAAUUUCCAGAGUU